AAAAAAAAAACAUCUCCACUCAUUCAAGCCACACUGAUCUAAGGCUCAUCUAAAUCUGAGAAGAGACAGGUCAGGAUGGACAUGCCUGUGAUUGUGUUGCUCACACUUUUGCCUGGGCUGUGUGUCGCUAAUUUGACAGGGAAUCUUGCUCUUGGACAAAACGCUGUCCAGUCAUCCACAUUUGAAGACCAUGCAACAGCCGGAAAGGCCACAGAUGGUAACAAAGAAUCAGUUUACAAGAAGUUCUCAUGCACUCACACUACAUAUGAGCAAAAUCCCUGGUGGAGUGUGGACUUGAAGCAUGUCUACAAGGUAACCAAGGUUACCAUCACUAAUCAUGGGGACUGUUGUGAGGAGCGGAUAAAUGAUGCUCAGAUCCGUGUUGGCAACAAUCGGAUUAGCAACGGCAAUAUCAACCAAAAUCAGCUGGCUGAAGUAAUUUUGAGCAUGCCAUUGGAAGCCACAGAAACAUAUACAUUCAGGCCUAUUGGAGGCCAAUAUGUUGACAUUGUUCUACCUUGGCAAGGAAUUCUCACUUUAUGUGAGGUUGAAGUAUUUGCAAAAAAAGAAGACAAAGGGUCCAAAAGGAAUCUUGCUCUCGGCACAACGCUGUCCAGUCAUCCACAUAUGAAGACCAUGCAACAGCCGAAAAGGCUACAGAUGGUAACAAAGAAUCAGUCUACAAGAAGUUCUCAUGCACUCACACCAAAUAUGAGCAAAAUCCCUGGUGGAGAGUGGACUUGA